AUGGCUUACCUCCAGUGUGCGGGAUUAGGGCUUGUGAGGAAUCGGGUUUGUGAGGGAAGGGAAUGGGCGCUGAAUUCUGAAAUGUGGAAGGGAAAUAAAAAUUUCGAAGGGCGAAGGGUUUGUGAGGGAUUGGGUACAGAGGAACAGCGUGCUGAACCCAAAACAGUCCAAGAUCAGGGAGUUGAUACACAAGGAACAGGAACUGAGGAACAGCUACUGACUAAUAUGGAUAGCCGUGUUCUGAGGAGGGACACAAGGAGAUACGAGGUAAUAGGUAACAUUGCGUUUUCUGUGAAGAAGAGUAAUCAGAGGAUCAGGUAUCGUUUGUAUUUUGUUUCGAUUGGAAAUCACAGAUUUGUAGAGUUCAAAUUGAAUCAUAUUACACCAUUGACCGUGAAAAAAAGAUUUCUGAAAUCUGAUUCUAUUGUCAUUGCAUGCGUAUCAAUUUGGUAUUCGAUAAUCGAAAUUGUUGAGUUUUCGUAUAAAUUGGUUCAUAUUAGUCAAUUCUUGAUUGUUUUAAUUGUGUUCUUUGAUGAGAAGUUAAUCGCCUUCACUUACAAAAUUGGAUUCAUUGCGUUAUCUUCUAAAAUUGUUGGUUUUGAUAAUCGGAUUUUUGAAAAUUGUUUUGUGAAAUUAGGGUUUAUACAUCAGUGCAUUCCUUGUUGUUUUUGGAAAUUUGUUGCUGAGAAAAUUUCUUGCAAGAUUGUGGCUGGUGAAUAUUUGAGUUGUGUGUUUGUUUUGGUUUCUGGAAAAAUUGUUGUGAAGAUCUUUUUGCAGGUUCUGAUUGUUGACUAUCGUAGCAUUGUGUUGUUUGUGAAUACUUGGGGAAAUAUGGACAUGGAUGAAAGAUUAGAGACCCUUACCAAUAUAGUCCAGCAGUUAGCCUUGACUGUAGCCAAUAACAUGGGGAACCAAGGGGAAAGACCACAGCAGCCUCUUCAAAACAAGAGGAACAAUGAGGAUAAAACCUUAAAAAUUUAUUUACCUAGUUUUGAUGGACAGUCUCCAGACCCUGAGAUGUAUCUGGAUUGGGAAGCCAAUUUGGAAAGAUAUUUUGACUUUAAGGAAACCACACCUGAACAGCAGUUUAAGCUAGCUAAGAUCAAACUGACCAAGCUUGCUGCAAUAUGGCUGGAAGGAGUGCAAAAGCAAAGAAGGAGGGAGGAUAGAGAGAGAAUCAAUACUUGGGAAAAAUUGAGAAAGCAUUUAAGAAGGAAAUAUGUCCCACGUAAUUAUAGACAGCAGUUGUACUUGAAAUGGGGAACAUUGAGACAAGACCAUAGGACUGUGGCAGAUUAUAUUCAAGAAUGGGAACGGUUGUCUGUUGUUUGUGACACCAAUGAAACUGAAGAGAUGAAGGUUGGGAAAUUCAUAGGGGGACUGAGGGAAGAUCUAAGAAAAAAAUUGGAGUUGACCCCAAACCUUACCUUUAGCUUGGCUUGUAGUAAUGCCCUCACCUUAGAAAAAUAUUCUAAGAAGAAAUCAAGCAUGGGCAGCACCUACAAUAGACCAGUGAGGAGUUAUAACCCAAAGAAUGUUGCUACACCAACACCCACUGUGACUCAGACCAAUGCACCAGAUAGGGUUCCACCCUUGACCAAUAUCACUAAGGAUAAGAAUCCCAGGGACUUGAAGGGAGUUGUUUGUUUUAAAUGUCAUGGACAUGGUCACAUUAAGAGUGAGUGCCCAAAUGCUAGAGCCUUCACUGUGCAAGAAUGGGCAGAGAUUAAAGACAUAGGAAGACCUAGGGCCAUGAUGGUUAGCAGGAAUGGUAGGGAGGAGUUAGUUUGGCCUUCAACAUCUGAGAAGGACCCUGAUGGUACUUACUGUGUUAAUGAUGAGGGAGUCCUGGAAGCUUUUGAGGGAACAAAAGAUAGUGAGGAAGAAGGGGACAGAGAGGAAGUGUAUCCUGAGCUUGAUUUACAAAAUUUGUUGAUUAGGAGGAACUUUCAUGCUACCCCAAAGACCAAACCAAAUGAUCAAAGAGAAAACAUCUUCCAAACCAAAUGCAAGAUUAAGAACAAAGUGUGUGACCUAAUCAUAGAUGGGGGAAGUGAAACUAACUGUGUCAGCAAGGAUUUAGUUCAGACCUUGGACUUAGAGACUAAACCACACCCACAUCCCUAUAAGCUGAAAUGGUUGGAUAGCAAAGCAAGUGGUUUUGUUAAGAAGAGGUGUUUGAUUCAGUUUGCUAUAGGAUCAUUCAAAGACAAAGUGCUCUGUGAUGUGUUAGACAUGACUGCCUGUCAUGUGCUCUUAGGUAGACCCUGGCAGCAUGACAGAAAGACCUUGCAUGAUGGCUAUACUAAUGUUUAUACCUUGAAACAUGAGGGAAAGAUUAAGGACCUUAUGCCCUUGCCACCCCACAAGACUUUGCCUCCACAGCAGUUAGUAAGCAGUGACUUUACCUUACCUUCACAAAAGGCAGUAGGCACUUCAUUUCCACAGAGACCUGUAGGUAAUGUAUCUUUAAUAAAUAGAAAGGUGAGCAUUAAGGAGAUCAGGAGGGAGGGACUAGCCUUUCUUUUGUUCAGUAAGGAAGUAACACCAGAGAGUAAUCAACCAGACCCCAGGAUUGCUAAUUUGUUGGAUCAAUUUGCUGAUAUAUUUCCUGUAGAAUUACCAGUAGGGUUACCUCCAUUAAGGGGUAUUGAGCAUCAAAUAGAUCUUAUGCCAGGAACAGCACUGCCCAAUAAGCCUGCAUAUAGAACUAGCCCUGAGGAAACCAAGGAGUUGCAAAGACAAAUACAGGAGCUUAUGGACAGAGGGUAUGUCAGAGAGAGUAUGAGUCCAUGUGCUGUUCCCACCUUGCUUGUUCCUAAAAAGGAUGGAACAUGGCGUAUGUGUGUUGAUAGCAGGAGCAUGAACAACAUUACUAUCAAAUAUAGGUUUCCCAUUCCUCGAAUAGAUGACAUGUUGGAUGAAUUAUCAGGAUCUCAAUGGUUUAGUAAGAUAGACUUGAGAAGCGGGUAUCAUCAAAUUAGAAUGAGAGAGGGGGAUGAAUGGAAGACAGCCUUCAAAACCAAAUAUGGCUUGUAUGAAUGGAUGGUUAUGCCAUUUGGUCUAACUGGAGCCCCUAGUACCUUCAUGAGAUUAAUGAACGAGGUCCUAAGACCAUUUUUAGGAAGGUUUAUUGUGGUAUACCUUGAUGACAUACUAGUGUACAGCAGAAGUGUAGAGGAACACCUUGACCAUUUGAAGCAGCUAUUCCAGACUCUUAGGGAACAGAGACUAUUUGGGAAACUAGAGAAGUGUUCCUUCUUGCUAACUGAGGUUUAUUUCUUAGGAUUUAUAGUAGGAAGACAGGGAGUGCAGGUAGACCCCUCAAAGAUAGAAGCCAUUAAGACUUGGCCAGUACCCACUAGUAUCACUCAGGUAAGAUCUUUUCAUGGCCUAGCCUCUUUUUACAGGAGGUUCAUUAAAGGUUUCAGCACCAUUAUGGCACCUAUCACAGACUGCACAAAAGGGAACACCUUCAAGUGGACCACAGAGGCACAAUUAGCUUUUGAGAAAAUUAAGAAAGCCAUGUGUAACCCUCCUAUUCUGAGAUUACCAGACUUUAGUAAACCAUUUGAGGUAGAAUGUGAUGCCAGCAACACAGGGAUUGGAGCUGUUUUAAUUCAAGAAGGUAGACCUGUAGCAUACUUUAGUGAAAAGUUAAAUAAGAGCAGGAUGAAUUAUUCAGCCUAUGAUAAGGAAUUCUAUGCUAUGGUUAGAGCCCUAGAACACUGGUCCCAUUACCUUAAGGGACAGCCCUUUGUUUUGCAUUCUGACCAUGAGUCCCUCAAACAUAUCAGUGGGCAAAACAAACUUAGUACCAAACAUGCUAGAUGGGUUGAAUUUAUGCAAAGCUUUAACUUUGUUGCUAUGUAUAAGGCUGGGAAAACUAACAUUGUGGCAGAUGCUCUAAGUAGGAGAGCACAUUUACUAGCUAUCUUGGAUGCCAAAUGCAGCCAACAACCACAAGGCCCAUUUAGUAUCCAACAGGGGUUUCUUUUCAAAGGGAACAGGCUGUGUAUUCCUAGAACAUCUUUAAGAACAGCCUUAGUAAGAGAGAUACAUGAGGGAAGCUUAGCAGGACACUUUGGUAUACAGAAAACCUUGGAUAUGUUAGCCAAACACUUUUAUUGGCCAAAGAUGUUGAGAACAGUAGGCAAGAUUAUUUUGAGGUGUGAGCCUUGUAUCAAGGCAAAAAUAACAUUCCAUAGAGGGGAAUACAAACCCCUACCCAUUGCGCAAAGACCAUGGGAACAUGUGAGUAUGGACUUUAUAGUUGCCCUACCUAAAACACAGAGGGGCAAAGAUGCAGUCAUGGUUGUGGUAGACAGGUUCUCCAAAAUGAGCCAUUUCAUAGCAUGUAAUAAGGUGAAUGAUGCUAAUCAAAUAGCCAAGCUUUACUUUGCAGAAAUUGUACGGCUGCAUGGGGUCCCUAGAACUAUAGUAUCAGACAGGGAUAGCAAGUUUUUAAGCUCUUUCUGGAGCACCCUUUGGAGACUGCUCAACACUAAGCUUUUGUACAGCACCUCUCAUCACCCACAAACUGACGGGCAGACAGAGGUUACCAACAAAACAUUAGGGUCAAUCCUUAGAACUUUGGUAAAGAAAAAUCUAAGAGAUUGGGACCAGAAGCUGUGUCAUGCAGAGUUCGCCUACAAUAUGAGUCCAAGCUGGGCAACUAAGAUAUCACCUUUUGAAUGUGUGUAUGGAAUGAAUCCUAUAAUACCUGUUUCACUAAUUGAUCUUCCUUCACAUUGCAGACCACAUGGGGAUGCUAAGCAGCAUGCUGAGGACAUGAUGACAAUCCAUAGACAAACCCAAAAACACAUUGAACAAGCUACUGCAAAGUACCAGCAAAAAGUUAACUCAAGCACGUCAGCUCCACAUAAGUUCAAAAUUGGAGACUGGGUAUGGAUUCACCUAAGAAAGGAACGGUUCCCAAGACAGAGGAAGAACAAAUUAAUGCCAAGAGCCGAUGGACCAUUCCAAAUUACUGAAAAAUAUGGAGACAAUGCGUUCAAAGUAGACCUGCCUGAUCGAUAUGGAGUCUCCCCCAUAUUCAACAUAGGAGAUUUACAGCCUUACUAUGCUGAGUCUGAAUUGGGGACAAUUCGAGCUGAAGAAGGAGGGAAUGAAACAAGUACGCCUUCUACAUAUGAUCAACACAAGAGUAUUACUGGGAACAGUACAGAGGAACAGCGUGCUGAACCCAAAACAGUCCAAGAUCAGGGAGUUGAUACACAAGGAACAGGAACUGAGGAACAGCUACUGACUAAUAUGGAUGUACAUGGUCCAACCUCGAGAAAAGCAUACAUAGCUUUGCAUAUAAAAGAGGAAGGAUAA